UGGGGGAAUUGAUGACUUUUGCUUUGGAGUAUUUUUAUUAUUUUUCACUUAAACGGCGAUUUUCGUAAGAAAUGACGAAGCGUUUCGAUCGGAAUAUUUCGUGGCUAUGUUUUUUCGUAUGAAAUUCAAUAUGAGAUGGCUAUUUGGUUUCUUUUUUGUUUCACUUACUAUAACCGUUAUUCUAAGUUUCAAGCUAUUAGCUGAUGCUGUUGAAAAUUCAUCUAAUCAUCAGAGGAAUGCCUCAGAAUUUGAUUUAUUGCAUAAAAAAUUAGCACAUUUAUCUGCUCAAGUCAAUAAAUUAAGAGAUAAAACUCCAAAAUCCUAUCCAAAAGUGAAGAAGUUAGGAUAUGGGGACAGAAAAAGAAUUUUGGUGACUGGUGGCGCAGGUUUUGUUGGCAGCCACCUUGUUGAUCGACUGAUGUCUGAAGGACAUGAAGUUACAGUUGUAGAUAAUUUUUUCACUGGUAGUAAAAGGAAUAUCGAGCACUGGAUUGGUCAUGAAAGCUUUGAGCUCAUGAGACAUGACAUUGUGAAUCAAAUAUAUGUUGAAGUUGAUCAAAUUUAUCAUCUUGCUUCUCCAGCAUCACCUCCUCAUUACAUGUUUAAUCCUGUAAAAACCAUAAAGACAAAUACUAUUGGCACCAUAAAUUUGCUUGGCUUAGCAAGAAGAGUUGGUGCAAGAAUUCUUGUUGCUUCUACAUCAGAAGUAUAUGGUGACCCUGAAGUACACCCUCAGACAGAAGAUUAUUGGGGUCAUGUGAAUCCUAUAGGUCCAAGGUCAUGCUAUGAUGAAGGAAAACGAGUUGCAGAAGCUUUAAGCUAUGCCUAUGCCAAACAAGAAAAUGUUGAAGUAAGAGUAGCUAGGAUCUUCAACACUUAUGGACCUCGAAUGCAUAUAAAUGAUGGCCGGGUUGUUAGUAAUUUCAUCCAGCAAGCUCUACAAAACCAUUCUAUUACAAUUUAUGGCUCCGGGAAACAAACACGAUCUUUCCAAUAUGUUAGUGAUUUAGUAGAUGGACUAGUUUUGUUAAUGAACAGUAAUUACUCAUCCCCCAUCAAUCUGGGCAAUCCAGACGAAUACACCAUUGAAGAAUUUGCCACAGUUAUUAAAGAAUCAGUUGGAGGUGUAAGCCCCAUUGUUAAACUGACUGGUGUUCAGGAUGAUCCUCAGCGAAGAAAGCCAGACAUUAAGAGGGCAAAAUUAUAUCUGGGCUGGAGUCCAAAAGUGUCUUUAAAUGCUGGACUGAAAAAAACUGUCGAGUAUUUUGAGAAGGAACUGAUCAAAGAAAAUGCCAAAGAUGUAUCCUUCUAAAGAUGUUUAAAUAUGUUGUUGUUGUAAAGAAUCAUUUGUUGCCAUAUUGUACAGUACAGACCCUCAUAUGUUGUGGUAAAAAUUUGUUUAAUACAUUUGUUAGCAUUUAUUUGUG